AUGUCUUAUAGGUUGUAUGAAGUUGCAAGUGAUUCAAAACCAGCACGCUCCAUCAGAACCCUCCACUGCUCCUUGUCCUUCAUACUCUCCCUCACCGGCCCCGGCCCAAUAACUGCGGCAAUUCCAGAGGCACGAGUGGCGAAUGCUUGCAAGAGCGCGCCCAUUGGAUCCCCUGGACAAUGCCAAAGUCGCGGCAACGAGGACCACGUCGCCAUCAUCCAUGACUGCUGCUCCAAGAUCGAGGCUGAGCUCUCCAACAUCUGCAAUGGAAUCCUCAAGCUCCUCGACACCCGCCUCGUCCCCUUCGCUGCCUCCAGCGACUCCAAGGUCUUCUACCUCAAGAUGAAGGGAGACUACCACAGUUCUAAAAAUGUGGUUCUGCGUUGCGAUUUCUUUAUGUCAGAACAAUGA